AUGGCGGGCCGAAGCUCUUCAAGCUCGCGGCGCGUGCCAGUACAAGUGACGGCCACUCUUAAAUCUCUACAGCGCGAGUACGGAUCGCUGUACAACAUCGUGCGUCUCUCCAUCCGCACGGACCUGCCAGACAUGCCGCCAUCCGGCCUCUUCGACGAGCCCAUGGACGACCCUGCCGAGACCCUCGCAGCACAAGCUGCAGCGGACGCGGCAGCAGGGGGGUUGGAGGAAGGGGUGGAGGCGGCAGGACGGCCGUUGGAUGCUGCGUUGGCGUACUCGUAUGAUGCCCAGAGGGACUCUGCUGCUGCGCUGGGGUCGAUGCUGGAGAUCCAACAGAGGGUGCAGCAACAGAUAUCAGCCAUGAGUGCUGCAGGGUCCGCCCUCGGACCUCACUCCACCUCCCCAUCGCAACCAACCGCCUCCAACCCCUCCAACCCCUCAGCACAUUCCUCCCAGCCGGCAAUACCAUCCUCUACAGCCGCUACAGCCGCAGCAGCGGCGUCUGUAGCGGCAGCAGGCGGCGGCAGCAGCCCCUUUGCGAGCCUGUGGAAGAACAUGGCCUCUCAACUCUCCCGCGCUUUUGAAACGCUGCUGCCUCCCCCCUCGCCUGAUGAUGCUCCCUUGGGAGGAAGCACUGGGGCUGGGGGGAUAGCUGCUCGGACAGCGGCAGGGGCAGCAGGGGCAUCAGGGGCAGCAGGGGCGGCAGGAGCGGCAGGGAUAGAAGCAGGGGCAGCAGCGGCGGCUCUGACUGGGAUUGGAGGAGGUGCAGUAGCAGGAGCAGGAGGGGUGGGUUUGGUUGUGGGUGAGAGCGGAGUGGCCGCAGUGGAGGAGGCGUGGGGGGGAAACGUGCAGUCUGGGAGCAACGGUGUCAUUGAUAUCACACCGCAAGCCCCCCUGGCAGGAGCGCAGAGCAGCCUAGUUCGGCUGGCGGGGGAGGUGCGAUCUAACGACGCUCUUAUCUCGUCAGUCAACCGUGAAAUGGAGGAGGAGCGGCAGCGGCUGCUGAACAAGGCGCAAUCGGUGGCACAGGAGGUGCAGCAGCGAGUGACGGUGGGGGAUAUGGAGGCCGUGGUGGGUGCAGCGGUAGAGACGAUGCAAUCGGAACUGCAGGCAGCACAGCAGCGCACUCGCCAGCUUCUCAUACAGGUGGAGCUGAAGGAUCGCGAGAUGAGGCUGAGGCGCGAGGAGUGGGAGAAGGAACGGUCCUCCAUGGUGGCCUCUCUGCAGCAGCUCGUACUCGCUAAAGGCGGAUCCGUUAGCAGCGGCAGCAACAGCGUUGAGCACAGGGAUGGGCUCGAUAGAAACGGAUCCAGUGAAGAAGCUGAGCUGGCAACCGCUGCCCGGCUGGAGCGUGUGGCGGACGUGCUCGGGCGGGAGAUCGCCAAAUUGCGGCGCGACAAACGGGCCCUGGAGUCCCGCGCGCAGCUGCUGACGUGGCGGCUCGAGGCGGUGCAUGCCAAGCUGGCGGCGGUGUUUGGGGAGCUGGUGGGGGUGAGGGAGGCGAUGAGUGAGGGGAGGGUGGAAGAGGGAAUGGCGAUUUUGGAAGGGGUGAUUGGGGAGGUGGGGAGGUGGACUAGUAACACUGCUAUGGAGCAAGGUGGACAGGGAAUGGGAGGAGAGAGAGGAGGAGUGAGUGGGGAGGAGGGGAGGAGCGAUGGGGAGGUGGUGGCGGGGUGGUGGGAUGACUCACCUCCUGGGGAGUGGGCGGAGUUUGGGAAGAGUGAAAAUGAAUUGGAGAGCGGGGGUGGGUUGGACGAGGAGAGGAGGAAGGAGGAGAGGAGGAGGGAGGAGCUGAUGGCUCUGGUGGGGGUGGAUGGGGAGGAGGGGGGGGCGGGUGGGGAAGGGGUGAUUACAGUGUUCUAUGAGACUGGGUGGGAGCAGGCAUUCAUUCACCACAGUGGAACAGCUUCAGGUUGGACUGCUGUGCCUGGUGUGAGAAUGAAGGACUCUACUGCCAAGGGACCGGCUGGCUUUCCUCUCAAGGUGUACUCCAUAAGAGCAUCCUCGCUUGAGUUUGUGACCAACAAUGGGGCAGCUACAUGGGACAG